UUCUUCCUAUUUUACUCUCUGUUCUUCUGUCAGGCAAAACAGUUUGCUCUCUGUCAACAUUUAAAUAUAUUUAAAAAUGGAGAAUGGAUAUUAGUCUGCUUGCAAUUCUUGUUGUAAACUGUGCCUGAAGGAUUGCUUGUUAAAUCAGCUAGCAGAAGCAAGGCUGGUGGAUGAAACACAAUCUGAGGACAGAAAAAUUCAGGACCAAUGGCGAUCGAAAGGGUGAUGGAUAUUCCAUCCGAUAAUGUGUAUGCUUAUGCAUUAUCAAAAACCCUCACAAAAGUUGUUUCUCCUCUGACUGUGGGUUUGUAUUCAGAAUGCCACAACAGGAUCAACAUGGUCCUCAAGAACAUUGAGGUUCAUAUGUAUCUCGAGGCAGAAAGAAGAGAAGAGAAGAACACAAAGGGACAAAAGCCUCGCUCAGUUAAACCAUCGAUUUCGGACCUGCUAUCUCUGAUCUUGCGUCUCCUCUUCUAUCGACCUGUGUGGACGGAGCAGAACCAGAACAGGAAGAACAUUCGAUAUCUGUUCGUGAGGUUCAGUGCCUGGCAUUUUGCUGGUAGUGACUUGCUCUGGGCUGGACUGGUGAUGCAGUUGUGCAAGGCUCUCCAAAAGAGCUUCGGUAAGCUCCAGCUGGGCCUCUUCCGGAUCGCACAACACGACGAAGAGAAGGAUACAGAGAAGAAGAAGAUUGAGGACACUCUAAAGGACUGGAGGUCCAAGAAGGUGUGCUGCAUCCCCAUUUGGGCUCUAAUACUGAUGGGGUUCACUGGAACGCUCAUAAUUCUGAUCCCUCUUAUUAUAUACGGAUUCCCUAAACUAAAGGAUAUAGCAGAAGGAGAGAAACAGGAUGAGGAGUCACACGGCUACGGCGUGCUGGAAGGUUUUGCCAUAGCUAUACUUGGUGUCCCUGCAGCUGGAGCAUUAAGAUUCAUAUUCUUGCUGUUGAAGAACCUCAUCUUCAACCAGGACCUUAAAGUCAGACAAGGGCUAGACAACCAGAAGGUAAGUCAGAAGCUGGGACUCAUGCAUGAAAUUCGGAAAGAGAUGAGACUUCUGUGCUGCUUCAUUCACUUCAUGGAGAUCUUUGAGAGGAGGAAGAUCCGGGUGGUGUUGGAGAUCACCAACUUGGACCGCUGUACACCAAAGAAAAUCGUUGGUGUCUUGGAUGCCAUCAACAUACUGCUAUCUGACGAAGAGAGUCCCUUUAUUUCUCUGCUUGCUGUAGAUCCAGAAGUGCUGAUUAGACAGGUGGACCAGGCAGAGGACUGUUUAAGCAAAGGAGACUCUGCAUAUGACUUUCUAGAUCGUAUCAUCACACUGCCCUUUACCGUUCCUCCACUGUGUGAUGCAUCCAAGUGCAGGGUCUUCAAGAACAUUGUCCGUGGUCAGUCUGAGAUCCCCGAAGAAUCCCCUCUUGAGGGCACUGGAGCAUCAGCUUUAGGGCUGCCCAGGACGUCACUCUCUGUAGAAGAUGAGUAUUCUGUAAAGUGCAGUCAAGCUGGAGAGGAACAAGCCACCCCUUUGAUUGCAAACAAAGGGAAAAACGAAACUUUCACAGCAGUAGAACUCAGUCAAGAAGAAGUGGACAUAUUAAUUGAGUCUGCAUUUUACAGCAUCCUCUCAGGAGAUCAAAACAACCUUCAGACAUACAUAUCUGGAGACACCAUGUCCAUGAGACGAGUGAUUAACUCUAUUCGAGUAACUAUUAUUAUUAUGGAGAUUCUGAAAGUGGAGCCUCCACCUCCUGAGAAGAUCGCUGCCUGGGUGAUUUUGGUGGACCGUUGGCCUUGCAGACUAAGCUGGAUCCUUCAAUGUGUGGAGGAUGACCAACAGAGAGCUGAGAUAGAUGAACACGAUGGAACCUUCUGUGCUGCAGAUCAUACCAAAGCACUGUGGGAUGUGUUCAAUUACCAUAGCCUUGAGCUCUGCAUGAUUGGAAACGAGGUGGAGAACUUUCUGGAAAGAGACGGGGACCCUGAGCUUUUUGAGAUGUUCCUUAGGAAAGACUUCAAGUUCACUGUAGGGGAGUUGGAACGAUUUAAGCUUUGUACCGUGAACUUAAACUACUCCAUCAAGAAUGAGCUGGCUAGGAUCCGUGGAAGCCGCAGAUUAAAAAGAGCAGGGAGAAAUGCUUUCAACUCCCUCUCAGCACGAACUGUAAUGAACAUGAAAACAGAAGAUAUUUGUCAAGAGAUGUCACAGCUAAGCUUCCCAGAGAAAUAUACCCAAACAGUAAGGGAACAUUUCCUAGAUGGUCGGACAAUCCUCUUCAGUGACCCCAAAGACCUCAGAGAGGUCUUGAAAAUGACUCUGGGUGAAUGGAUAACUUUUAAAAUUCAUUUCCUGGGGGUCAUGCCUCGUAGUCGACCAGAUGUGGCAGAAUCUUUUUCGAAAGCCACAUACCCUGGAGUGCUCAGAUGCUCAUCUGACCAUGGCCAGAAAGCAGUAUAACGGUCAUUGAGGCAUGCAAUGUUCACCAGCCAAUCAGACUUCUCAGGCAAUGAAGACACCUGAAAAUAGAAGAGCUUUGAUUAUACCGAAGACUCCUUCAGAUCACAUUUUUAAGAUGUAUUAUUUAUAUUUAGAGUAAUAAGUUUAAUUAUUUUAAUUACUAAAAAGAUUUGUAAGGGAUUUUAAAUGAAAUAAACAAUUAACCAAAUGACUGUCAUCUCUGCAUGAAGAAAAAAAAAGUUUUCUUUAAUGUGUGAAGUUCAAAUAACAUUACAUAAACAAAUUUUAUAAAUAAUUCCAAUAUUAAUUCAUUUAUUGAUUCUAUCCAUUGACAAAUUUUGGUCUGAAUUUCAAUGUCAACAAUACAUUCAUAGCAUGUCCAAAACAAAAAUGUCCAGUCCAAGAGUAUUACAUCCAUUGACACAUUUGCAUACAAGACAACCAUCCUCCAUGAAGAACGAUUUAGCAAUUCAGCACUUAUCACUCAUCCAGGUGUAGUGAUAUCAUCAUUUAUCAGGUAAUACUUUCAGACCAUCAAUCAAAUGAGUGAAAAAAAAUAUAACACAAGACUUUGGAAGUCUUGACCAUACAGUUACAUGAGUUUGGGGCUGCAUCAUGAAAACUCUCUCGUCAUAUCGAUAUCUCACCUUAGUAUAGUUGCAAAGAGGCAAAAAGACUAUUUCACGAUCUUUCACUUUCUCUGUCCCUCUGUGCUGGAAUGAGCUUCCAACCUCUAUACGAUGUGCUGACACCAUCUCAGCAUUCAGCUGAAAACUCAUCUGUUCUGUGAGCACUUAACCAAUCCACACUAAAUGCACUUACUAUUUAACAAUAAUAAAAUACAUUUUAUUCUGCGCUAGCAUCUAUACUACUCCAGCCACUUUGAGAACUUGGCAGGGCGAUACAGAAGAUAUUGUUGACUCUUGUAUGACAAAUCGCUUAUUAUGUUCCUAAUUUGUAAGUUGCUUUGGAUAAAAGCCUCUGCUAAAUGACUAAAUGUAGUUCAAGACGAUUCUGUCACAGGCUUGGCAGAUUCAUUACACAUUCAACUGCAAUAUGUAUCAUUAUAGCUAUAAAUUAAUUUAGUUACAUUCAGAGGUUGAUUGUAGCAUGCUACAUUUUUCCCGUUAGAUUUACUUAUAAGAGUAGGUUUAAUAGCGGGUACUUUUUACUCUUACUCAAGUGAAACUCUAAUGAAAAAAAAUGUACUUUGUUAAAAUGGGCGACGUUCCUGUUGCUACAUUACUGGUUAUUUCAAUGUGAUUUUUUAAUGGUACUUACGACACCGGAACUUUACAGAUGCACUCUGUCACUUGAAUCCAUCUUUGCACCAGCAGCAAAACAAAAACUUUCUUCACAACUCAAAGGAAUAGUUGUGUUAUGUGAUGCAUUCAUUCAACACCAAAACAAGCAGAUAAGUAUUAUUUCAGCAUAAACAUUUGCAGAUCCAAUUAUUAUUAUUAUUAUUAUUUUUUAAGCACGCUGUAGUAAGUUGUCGUGAUGAUAAAGAGGGCUUGUUUGUUGUGGUAAUGGUCAGUUUCAGAUUGACCAUAGGUUUUUAAGUAUACA